AUGGCCAAUCUCCGCCCAGCAACAGCACCAUACAGCGAGCCCCUUCUCCCCCAACUCGAUAUACGAAACCCAUACUACACAGAACUGCACCACAAUCUACGCGCCACCGUCCGCGAAUACGUGGACACGUAUAUCGCGCCCUACGCGCAUGAAUGGGAAGAAGCAGGACAAGUCCCCGAAGCUGUCCGACGGCGCCAUUGCAAGCUAGGCUAUAGCAUUGUCCAUCCGCUCACUAGUGAAGAGGACUCGGCGGGCCUGGCUCUGCCUGGUGAUGUUCCCCGUGAGAAGUGGGAUACAUGGUGUUCGUUGAUUGUGUCGGAUGAACUUACGCGUGUCGGGUAUGUUGGUGUGAUCUGGGGGCUUGGGGGUGGGAACGGGAUUGGGUGUCCGCCUGUUGCGCGCUUUGGGAGUGAGGAGCAGAGGAGGAGGUGGCUUCCUGGUGUUGCGAGGGGGGAUAUUAGGUUUUGUUUGGGUAUUACGGAGCCUGAUGCUGGCUCUGAUGUUGCCAAUAUCCGCAGUACUGCUCAUCGUGAUGGCGAUCACUAUAUUGUGAAUGGUGCAAAGAAAUGGAUCACUAAUGGUGUCUGGGCUGAUUACUGCACCGCUGCUGUCCGGACGGGUGGUCCUGGUGGAUCUGGCAUCAGCCUGCUGGUUAUUCCUUUGGCUGUUCCAGGAGUGACGCGCAGACGUAUGCACAACUCGGGUGUUAACGCAAGUGGUUCAACCUUCAUCGAGUUCGAUGAAGUCCGCGUCCCUGUCGCAAAUCUCCUUGGCCAGGAGAAUAAGGGAUUUCCACUCAUCAUGUCAAACUUCAACCCAGAGCGCCUUGCACUCGCCUGCGCAUCCUUGAGACUUGCCCGUGUCUGCGCCGAAGACGCCUUCAACUACGCCAUUCAACGCGAGACAUUUGGAUCUCCACUGAUCGAGAAACAAGCCAUUCAAUCCAAGAUCUUCAAGUUCGGUCUCAUGAUUGAACCCGCUUAUGCAUUCAUGGAGCAACUGGUCAAUAUCCUCGAAAGUACCAAAGAUCAUUCAUCCGACGAUGUCAACAUUGGCGGUAUGACUGCAUUGUUGAAAGUGAUGUCUACACGGGCUUUGGAGAAGAGCGUUCGUGAAGCUCAGCAGAUUCUUGGGGGUGCCGGCUAUAACAAGGCUGGGAGAGGUGCUAGGAUUGAGCAGAUUAGUCGCGAUGUUCGAGUUCAUGUUGUUGGGGGUGGGAGCGAGGAGAUUAUGGCUGGAUUGGCGUUACGAGAGGAGACGAAGGCGCUUCGUACGCGGAGAGCUGCGCUUGAGAGGAGACAAUCCAAGGUUUGA